AUGUCAGGAAGAGGUAUUAAGUGGGCAAGAGUUUAUUCAUUGGUCGAUAGUAUGACUCGUGAAACACCUGAAGAUGUCAAUGAUGCAGGAGCAAAAGAUAUUCUAGAGGUUUUAAACCUUAUUAAAGGAGGAGAAGAGAAGAUAUCGGAAGUCGAGCUUAAGCUGGAUGAAAUGGAAAAGAAAAUGGACUCUCUAUUAGUUCAGUUAGAAGGUUUGCACAAGGAUAACGAUGGUUUGGCGAAGGAAUCUGGCCAGAAGUAG